CGAAGCUUUCUCUGGCUUGCGCAAUCUCUGCGCUCUCUUGGGCGCCGGUGGUUGUGGCUGUGGCCGACACCGAUGCAGGGCCGUGUCGUCGCCGUCGGGUCGGCCAAACACCGGGGCACCGCCGACAUGUCGGACGCCGCGGCGCAGCUCGUACUGCACUGGAACGACCUCCAACUCAUUCUGGAGCGCAUGACGUCGAAAGAAAAGCUCAUUGGCUCAUACGAAAAGCAGUUUGCGAUCGACGAGUGCAAGCACGUAGCCGAGUUGCUCCUCGGAUCCGGCGCGGGCUCGUUUGAUGCGCUGCAGCCCCACUUGCUAGCGUCGCUGACCGACCCAGCGCACCACGCCAUCUGGCACCGCACGUCGUAUGCAAUUCGGCGAGCCGUCGAGCUGCACAUGCCCCUCGGUCUCACGUUUCUCAAGACCCACCUCCACGCCCACGUUUCGGCAACGUCGAGUGCACGACAGGUACCGUUGCUCGAAGUGUGCAAUGGUAUUCCUGGCCUCGAUGACGUGGCACCGCGACCGGUCGCGCCGACGAUGCCAACCACCGUCAUGCGCACGGCCGGUCGGUUUCUCUUGCACGGUGUGUUGCGGGCCGCCGUGACCCCGACGACCGAGAGCGGUGCAUCGAUUCGUCGGCGUCACCUUCCCGGGCGUGACCGCAUUCUUCCCAUUCAGUCCAUCUUUGCCCAGCCCGAGGCGCUCGCACACGCAGCACCAGGGUUCGAGCGCCAGCGCGCCGUGGCCCCCGCGACGCUCAACCAUUUCCUACUGCAACCCAUCGAGCGCUUGCAAGCGCUGCUCGUCGUGUCCAAGAUUGCCGAUGCCUGCUUCGGCCAUGCCCGUCUGGCCCGGGUAUCGAUCCCCGAGCCCGCCGCAGUGUCGCGCGAUCUACGGCAGUCGACGGCUCGGCUCGCGACGAUCUUGCACCGGGCGUGGCGCCAAUCCCUCGCGUCGGCACCGGCACCGGGCUCGUCACCGUCGCUCGCACUCGUGCCGCCCGCCGCGACACCCCAUGCACGCAGCAGCACGUCGACGCUGCUCAAGCACAUGGCGACGCUCAAGCGCGGCCAGAUUCUGGCACCCUCGGGCACAACACUGCAUGAAAUUGAAGCCAAGCGCAAAUUAACUCUGGCUCUCUACCGGGACAUCGACCCGUUCGACGCCCACUCCAAGCUCAAGGCGCUCAACGCCCGGGCCAGAAAGAUGGCAUGGUUCCUCUACCGGGGUGGAUGGGUGGCCGACGCCGUGCAUUGGAUGGCCUGGACGAUCUUGACCGUCACGGUAUGGCGUCUCGUGGCGACGCGGCAUGCCAUUCGAGAGGCGUCACGGACGUACCGGGGGCUGCUCGCGCAGUCGUCGGGGUUGUUGCAGCGCCGGGGCGCAGUCGGAAAGACUCACCGGCGGAAGCGCACCGUCGAUGCGGUCGAUGUGACGUCGCUGUCCGACGACGACCCGUCCGACUUGGCGGUGCUCCGCUCCGAGAAGGAGUUGCGCUACUUUCUCGUCGUCUCGGAGCUCCAAGGCCUUUUCUUGGACCUCCUUUUCAUCUGGCCGACGGAGAAUGGUAAAAUCGGCCUCGGGAAUUUCUGGUCGAGCUUGACGUACACCGCGAUGGCUCUCGGGCUGCCACUUCUCUUUUACUACGUGUUGACGCCGUGGGUCGGCGACGCGUCUUUACUGUCUCUCUUGGCGUGUUGGCUCGGCGUUGGCUGGGUUCUUCUCACGCUCUUGUCGAUUGUGUCGGUGACGACGACCAUCCAAGGCUUCAAUGACACCCGGCGCGUCGACGCGAUCAACCUCACGGACUUUCCCGCGUGCCUCAAAAACUACCUCGCGAUCGUCAAUAUUCUCUGGGAUCUUGUCCAGCUAAAUACGAUCCCGUGGCAAGUCUGGGACGCGUCGUACGUGGUCCAUCAAAUUGCGGCGCUUGUGACCAUUGACAUCAACUUGAGCGGCUACUUUGUCGCACAGUUUGAGUUCAACGCUUUCCUUGUCAAACAGCGCUUUGCCGUGGCCUGCCUCGUGCUGUGGUUUUUUAGCCUCAAAGCCGCCAACAAGUUCAAGGGCAUGAACUGGCUCAACUAUGUCGUCACGUUCUUGCUCCCAAGUGCACUCAGCAGCGUCCUCUUCAUGUUUCUCGUCGAGCAGUAUAUUUACGCCAUGGCAUGCUACAAACUGUCGACCCCCGACACCACGACGUACGUGCUCUGGUCCAACCCCGCCAUCGUAUGCUGGACACCGACCCACUGGCAGUAUGCGAUGGUCGGGAUGUGUGGCAUGGGUCUCUUCAUCCCGCUUGCGAUCCUCUCACACGGCAGCCACCAACUGGCGUUUCCGCAGCUCGACUUGGACAUUCAAACGUCGCCGCUCUUUGCAAUGAUCGGUCAGCUCGUCAAGGGCCUCAUGAUCGGCGCCAAGACCUUUUUUGCGACUAACGUGCGGUUUUACCUCGGUGUUUCGAUCCUUGGCGACGUCGUCUUGCUCGUGUCCCAUUACCGCUUCCGCCGCGCGUGCUCGACCUGGCACGUUCGCGCCGCCAAGCUCGUCGUGUACACGGUGAGUCUCUGGAGUGCGGUGUGCGCGAUGCUCUCGACUUACGUCGACCGCGACACGGUGCCGCUCUUCAUCAUGUACGCGGGUCACGCCGCGAUACUCGUCCUGCUGCUCUGCGUCGUGCGCUAUCGCGUUCAUUGGCUCUACGAUACGCCAUCGUCUGGCAAACUAAAGACAAGGGCGGGCUAGUGUCGACGAUAAUUUACCACCACUUUGCAUCUCUA